AAGGGAAAAGACAGGACGGGAGGACCGGGGUUUGCUUUGAGGCUGGAGAUUCUCUGUUGAAGUCGACUUCUUUCCUUCGAGCACUGGACCUUGUAUCCGGCUAAAGAAAGAUUCAAGGUCAAGGACAGAUCUGAGAUUGUACUGUCGGCUGGAAGGGCGGUAUCGAACCGGAGGAGGUGCCCAUUACGGGUCACUAUCCACCUGAUUGGGUGGUAUGGCUUGUGUGUGUCGGUGUUGAUCCUCAUGUUUUUUCUCCCUCAGUUUCUGUUUCUUUCCUUCUCUCUCUUUCAGCGGCUCCGCCACACCCACUACAUGCUCGUUCUCAUCUUCAGCCCUCGGCCAUCGUCUCGGGUGUCUAGGUUCGCAGAACUUGCUGGUGACGGAGACGCAGGAAGCCGUCGUCUCGGCGUCUCAGCCAAGCAAUGACACUCGACUCCAGGUGAUACGGUCGGAGCAGGAUUCCACGGACGAGUGAAAAGGCGUGGUGAAAGAAGGAUGCUGAUGGUUGGUGAUGCUGUUGAUGAUCUUGAUGAUGACAGAUAGUCUUGUUCGCUGACUUUGACAUUGGCCCAUGGACAUACGCGUAUUGGCCACAUCUCUUUGUAGCAGAUUGUCGAGAGCUUCAGAUAUGUCAGUAUCCUUUUCUCGAGACUUCAAAGCAUGUUGUGUGAU